AUUUAUUUUGUCUUACCUCCUUAUAGAGCAGACAAAAAAAAUGAAAUGGAACCGAUAGGAAUCCGAAAUGCUGAUCGUACGUCUGCCACGUUUCACAGCCAGUAGACAUCCUCGAACCACGAGAUUUUUUUGUCCUUUUAACGUUCGAAAUCCUUAAUUAAAGAAACAGAAAGAAUCCUCUCACUCUCAGCAGGAGUUUGCUCAUCUUUCAUCCUUGAAGGGAGGGGAAAAGGGGGAAAGAAUUUGACACAUCAGUCAUCUAACUGAAACACUCUUCUGUUGCAGUUCUCUGCCACGAGACCACAGUACGUAUGGAACUAACACACAAGGUUGCUGUUUCCAGAAUCUGCUAUCCAUAUCCAAGAAUUCCUAGUAGAACCCAAACUGUUCCGGUAUCUCAGCUCUCAGUUUCACCACUCCAAUCAUCCUCUAACCAAAUUAAACCAAAAACCCAUUUGAAUUCCCUCCAAAAUGGCACCAAACCAUAUGAUAAAACUACAACCAUUGACAUCAAAGAAGACACUACCGCUAUACCAUCCAUGUCUGACAUAUUGGCCUCCUCUAGAGCCCAGAAACUUGACCUUCGGCUUCAAACUUUAGGACCCUUGUUCAGGAUCACUGCCAAAAGCCUGGAUACAAACAGCGAACUUGGAAGAUGUGAGGGGCUGAUAAGGGUCUGGUUUGGAGGUAGAAUUCUGCACCUGGAUUCCAUCAAACUCAAGAGAGAGACGAUGGGCAUGGAAAGAUCAAUUUUUGGUAUCGGUUUGUUCAUUGGAGCUGUAGCUAUUCGAUACGGAUAUGACUGCGGUUGUAAGACUGCUGAGUUGCUUGCCAUCAAUGACUCGGAUCUUUACCAUUCCAAGCUCGUUAGGUUCUACAAAAGGAUUGGGUUCAAGGUUGUGCAUGAAGUGAAUGGUUCAACAAUUGGGGAUAUGGCUCACAUGCUAAUCUGGGGAGGAAUUGGAACCCGAAUGGAUGCCAGUAUAGAGGAGCUUCUAUUAAAAUGGUGCAGCAGGUUCAAGUCUAUGAACUGAUUCUGUCAUAAUCUGAUGUC